ACUGCCAAUAUCAAUCCCAUAAUCCUUGCAAACGGUGUAUUCAUUUGAAUGGCUCUGAACGUGAAUUCAAUUUGAAAAGCUAGCCAGACAUUUGUUGCAGGUUUAUACUUUACAGGUUAUUCCUUACUACUUCCACGUGGACAUACAUUGCUGAGGAGAGUCCUGACAUUUCGCAAAAUGUGACGUGUCUCUUACUAUGGCCUCUGGAAGUCAUGAUAGGCAAAGCAGGGAAUUCCAACAGCUCAACCAGGACAAACCUCAUGAAUUUCUCCAUCACAUCAGCAACCACUCUGCAGCUGACCAGAAUAUGAAGGAGGUGUUUGUUUUAAUUAAGGAAGAAAUAGAUAAAGACCGAUUCCCCGUGAGUCGCGGUGCACUCAUCUCCGGCAGAGCAAAACAAGUGUCUGUGUGCAACAAGAGAAAGUGUUCGUUGUCGCGUCACAGUGUAGUGGUGAGCUCCGGCGUGAGCCACAGAGAGCCCCCCGCAGGUCGGGCUGUCUGUGACAUGGCCAACAAGGAGAAUGAACUGACCUGCCCAGACGAAGUGCAGGCCAUACAUUACAGUGACAACUGCGUUUUCCCUGUGAACUCUGUAGCAGAAGCUGGCUCCAAGAUGGCAGCGCCGGGAAACAAGUACGGUGAUCACUUCACUGAGCUAUCGAAGGAUCAUGACGCAAUGACACACGUGCUUUUUGGGAGGAAUCUCCGAUUAAAUGUAGCUCUGACACUAUGGCGAAGAAACGCCAGCGAACUAGUGGCAUACUUGAUCAGAAUUGAAGACACGGGCGUGCUUCUUGACUGUCUGCCAGUAAUAACUAAAAACCUUCAAGACGAAGUGCCGUGCAUAUCACUGGGCUGCUGUGUAGACCUCCUGCCACAAGUCAAAACCAUCCUCGCCAGUAAAUAUGAAGAACACUUGAUUGUGGGUUUACACUGGAUUCAGUCUGUCAUUAAGAAAUGGUGGCCAGAACUCUCCACAAACAGCAAUAGACUGCAUGACAGCUGCUCAGAGGACAGGAACCUCCAAGUCUUGAAGCAGCAGCUGUUGGAAUUGUGGGAAGAAGGACCCCGGUUAUGUUUAGUUCCAGGAACUACAGGAGAGAUGGCAAAGGCCAUUGAGUCUUACUUGUUACAACUACGCUGACCAAUCAGUCAAUGUAGCACUGAGGAAGUGACCACUACUGCCGGAGAGAGCUGUGUUUUUUUUUAUCGUUACCUGGAGCCAGUGACAAUAAAGACAAGACAAUGCUCCACACACCGACAGGAACACUGUUCUAUUAUAUGGGGAUUGAUGACCUGAGCAAUUCAGACAACUUCCGCACUCAAUCACAGCUGCAGAGACACUAACAAAAGGAGGGAGGAGAGACUCAAGGGGAGGAAGGAGCCUUUUUCUCUUUGCAAAACCAGGAAUGACUACUUCACAUUGAAGUGGAUCGACGUCUUGCGACGGGGCAAGACUUCAGUCGACCUCCAUGAGACUUGGCAACAGAGGCACCUUAUUUCUUAUAUAGGGCACGUUUUACCGGAAUAGGGUGCCAUUUCGGAUGCGCGCUGAGACUGGGUCUUGGGCCGCUCUGUGACGUGCCAAGUUCUCUCUCCACCACAGCCGCUCUUCCUCGUCAUGGUGUGUAAAACCUGCACAGAUCAUGGAUGUAAAAUAAUGCAUGCCCCUUCCUAGUUUUAAUAUUUCUCGAUUCUUCCAAUCAUGUCCUGAAUGAAGAACUUGAAAACUGCUGUGGUCUUAAGUUAUGAGAGCUCUUCUUGUUGUUUUUUCCUGUUCAUGAAUGAUGUUUGACUGUAAAAGUGUAAAUACAGUGAUUCUUUUAAUCAUCUUUAAAAUAAAUUUGCUAAAAAUCUG